UAAUCACCAAUAACCCGUGUUCUGGAGCAGUGUAGCGUACCAUUGUUUAUUUACGUGUAUUUCGCAUGUAUUUACUACACAAAUUUGAAAACAGAACUGACAUUAGAGAUCAAUUUCAAAAUUUGUAGCAUCUUCUGAUAGGAGGAUUACUUUUGCGCCACCAUGUAUAAAUAUAUGCAUCUAAAUGUUAUACGCAUACGAUAAAAAAGACUGAAAGAUGCAUUAUGAAGAUGUAUAUGAGGAUGGAGUCAUGUGUAGAAGUUCACGCAAGUGAGGAAAGUUCUCUGAUCGCCAUUCACUUGGGAGUGGCCAGAAACGAUUCUUUUGCAUAUGAUUCAAGCAGUUCACGACUUCCGGUCUUUGACCAAGUAUCCUCUGGGUAGCCUAAGAACAUCCGUUUAAAGGCGAGCUAAAGUCAGAGGGCGAAACAUCCCCUGCAUAGGGUUGUGCGCUGGGUUUGGGACCCGCCACGUAAAAAAACACUCCCAAAGAAAAGGAACAACAAGCCUCGGAUGAGUGACCCCCCUUUUGAUGACUACGAAUUGAGGGCAUGCACCUGGAAUGUCCGGUCCCUUAAUUGGGAAGGUGCCGCUGCCCAGCUGGUUGAUGUCCUCGUGAAAAUAAAGGCUGACAUCACCGCCGUCCAAGAAAUGCGAUGGACGGGACAAGGACAGAGACAAGUAGGUCCUUGUGACAUUUACUACAGUGGCCAUAUAAAGGAGCGCAAGUAUGGUGUUGGAUUCGUGGUAGGAGAGAGAUUCCGUCGCCGAGUACUAUCAUUGACUGCGGUGAAUGAACGUCUAGCCACAAUCCGCAUCAAAGCGAGGUUCUUCAACAUAUCGAUGAUUUGCGCCCACGCCCCGACGGAAGAGAAGGACGAUGUGACCAAAGAUGCCUUUUAUGAGUGCUUGGAGCGCACUUAUGAGAGAUGCCCCCGCCACGAUGUCAAAAUCGUGCUUGGCGACUUCAACGCCAGGGUGGGCAAAGAAGGUAUUUUUGGCACUACGGUCGGUAAAUUCAGCCUCCACGAGGAAACAUCCCCAAAUGGGUUGAGGCUGAUCGACUUCGCCGGGGCUCGAAAUAUGGUUAUCUGUAGUACUAGAUUCCAGCAUAAGAAGAUUUAUCAAGCUACCUGGCUGUCUCUGGAUCGAAAAACCACCAACCAGAUCGAUCAUGUUGUGAUAGAUGGAAGACACGUCUCCAGUGCUUUAGAUGUGCGUGCGCUCCGAGGUCCUAACAUCGACUCGGACCAUUAUCUUGUUGCAGCUAAGAUUCGCACCCGCCUCUGUGCAGCAAAAAACGCACGCCAACAAACACAAGGAAGGUUCGACGUCGAGAAGCUGCAAUCACAACAGACAGACGAACGAUUUUCUACUCGACUUGCACUCCUGCUCUCUGAGAGCACUCGUCAACAACUCGGUAUAAGGGAACUGUGGGACGGCAUUUCAAACUCCUUACGUACAGCUGCAACCGAAACCAUUGGUUUUCAGAAAGUGCAAAAGAACAGCUGGUAGACGAGGAGUGCCGUGUCGCAGCGGAAAGAGAACAGGCUGCCUACCUCGCAACGUUACGAUCGACCACAACACGUUUGGGAUGGGAUAGAUAUCGAGGUAGGUAGGUAGGUAGGAGUGC